AUGAGCAUGCAAACCGGAAGGUGGUGUCUUUUUAAUGUUUUAAUCUCAGGAUUCGUGCUAUGGAGCCAUGUUGAAUCAUUCCGAUUCGAUGUCGAGUCGGGUCAAACCAAAUGCAUUGCUGAAGAAAUAAAGAUCAACUCCAUGACACUUGGGAAGUACCACAUUGUUAACCCUACUGAGGGAUACCCUUUAACGGAUUCUCACAAUAUCACUAUCGGGGUAACAUCGGUGUACGGUAAUGUUUAUCACCAUGCGGACAAUGUGACUGAGGGGCAAUUUGCAUUUCAAGCAAUGGAGGAAGGUCACUACUUGUCUUGCUUUUUUGCAGCAGAUCACAAGCCUUCGGCUACUGUCACCAUUGACUUUGAUUGGAAGUCUGCCUUCGAUGCCAAGGAUUGGACAAAUGUCGCGAAGAAAGGAUCUAUCGAAUCAAUGGAAUUAGAGCUCAAGAAAAUGCACGAAAUUGUUUUAUCCAUUCACGACGAGAUGUUUUAUCUCCGUGAGAG